AUGGCGCAUUCACAUGGUCAUCCUGCCUCUCAACCUUCGCCGGCUCCCGCCGUGCCAGAGCUCAAGGAGGUGGAGGCCGGAUACGCCUCGACAGCAAUAAGCGCAUUGAAGAACAAUGACGCGAAGAUAUUGAUCUGUGAGCUUUCUGAAGUCCCGCGACGCAAGCCACUUCCUCAAACAGCUUCAACUCCGUCCUCGGACCCCGGAGGAACUGCGCCUAUAUAUAGCACACCGCUUGCCUCACUGAAAAAGAAGUUGGCAUUCGGUGGUAACAAGAAGAAGCAGAAGAUAUUCUUGGGUGUAGGAAUAGCCAUUAUGAUUGCUUUAAUUUUGAUAAUUGGUCUGUCGGUGGGAUUGACGCGUGGCUGCCGACCCUCGAACCCCCCUCUACCCCUGGAUAAUGGCGGUGCAUUUUCUGGAGAUUUGACAUACUACGAACCGGGAUUGGGCGCAUGCGGUAUAUCGAGUACGGGCUCGGAAAAUGUUUGUGCAGUCUCAAAGGAUCUAUACGACGCAGCUAGUAUUGGGCCAAAUCCCAAUUCAAACCCUCUUUGCGGGCUAAAGCUGCGCUUAAAAAGAGGUAAUAGGAGCGUUGAUGUGACGAUUGUUGAUAGAUGCGUUGGCUGUAAGCCAACAGAUAUCGACGUUUCUUUGAGUGUAUUCGAAAAGCUGGCCUUGGUUGAACAAGGCCGAGUCAACGUCGAAUGGGCAUGGCUAGAUAAGCCACCCAUCACUACUCCACGAAGCUAG